AUGCAACAAAUAUUUUAUUUAAUUAUUUAUUUUAUUUUAAUUCCAUUUACAAAUUCUAUUCGUUGUUUUGAAUGUUCUUCAGUAGCAACGGGGGGUGACAGAAUUUGUAGUAAAUAUGUGGGAACAAGUUGUUCUUAUGGAUUUUUUGGGUGUGUUAAAGUAGCUACUUAUGUGGGCAAUUUCAUUAACGAUCCCUCAGCUGUAGUAUCAAUUGUUCGUGGUUGUAAUAUUCUACCUUUAGGUGGGGUAGAUGCUUGUCAACAACAAGUUAUUUUGGGAUAUAGAAUUAUUACAUGUUUUUGUUAUUCUGAUUAUUGUAAUGGAACAAAACAAAAUAAUUUAAGAAUAGCUACUAUAAUAAUAUUUAUUUUAUUUUUUGUUUUAUUUUAUAUUUUUAUUUUAUAAUUUAAAUAGAAUUUUAUAUUUAUUUUUUAUUUUCAAAUUUAAAAAAAUAAACUUACUUUUGUAUUUUCCCCUUUUCUACAAACAAUAUCUCCGGGGCAUAAACGUAAUGUUUGUAGUCUAAUAGCUAAUUCACUUAAUAAAGCUCUCUCACAUAAAGAAAAUACAGGCGAACCAAUUAAUGCCCUAACAUGUGAUUCUGCUGCUAAUUCCAAGCCAAGACGAGGAG